AUGCCUAAAUCUGAAUCCGCAGUCAAGUCCGGAAACACGCCGUAUCCCGGAGCCUUCUUGAACAGUGCCGGGCUAUUGAAUGUCUGGAAAACGAUUCCUGGUUCUGCGGAAGAUUACACAGUCGAGAUCAAAUUCCGCGAGUCAGACCAUAGGCCAAUCAUUGUCGAGCGGAUCAAGAUUGUCGCAACUGGCCACUAUGUCGAGACCAGAAUGGCCUGGCUCGAGCCAUUGCAUAGCACGGUUCCAAAGACUGGAAAUGGCGAUACUGGUAUACCAAACCACUGUUACUCUCGAAGCGCUUGGUACGAUGCGAAAACUCAAGACGGACCGCAUGACCCGGAAAAGGCGCGUCCCGAAGGCGGCCAGUCUAUCGAGUUCAUCAUCGAGGCCGCGACUAUGGAGAUGCGAUGGUUGAGGAACCUAAAUGACCCUCGCCAGCGAUGGGAUAUGCUUACUCCGCUUCAAGGAAAUGCUCAUAAUUCAGUCGAGACGGAGUCGUAG